AUGUGGGCCGCACGGGCCGAAACUACGAACCGUACGGGUCAAAAUUACGAGCCGUACGGGUCAAAAUUACGAGCCGUACGGGUCAAUCUGGUGGGCCAAACGGGUCAAUCUGGUGGACCGUACGGGCCGAUUUCACAAACCGCGACAUCCUCUGCAGAGAUGCGCACGCUCGAGUCUCUACUCGGCUGGGAAGCCAAUGACCCCGAGGAUAAUAUUGUCUUGAAGAGGAUAAUAAAACUAAUUGAUAGUCAUUUACCAUUGGGUUGGAAAGAAUGGAAAAUUAGAGUCCUUGAUAAGGAAGACUUAUUGGGAAACGAAUUUGAUCCCCAAAUUCUUAACAAAAUUAGAUUUGCCAUUCCCACCGUUGGACUCGCCAGAGCUUUUUCUCCUGAGUGCAUAUCGCUAAAGGAGAAAACUUAUAGAGAUAUAAAAUUAAAACUGUUGAAAUGGCCACUGUGUGUGGGCCUUAUUAUACAUCCAAUGUCUCUGGCGGCAAGAGUACGCGGUUCAGCAGUCCAGAAUGAACUAAUAAUAGCCUCCAUCUCUGACAUGAGACCACUCCUCAAAAGCAGAGAGGAGGCAAAUAGGGAACUGGCAGCGCAAUCUGAACAAUCUGAGGAUGAAAUAUCAGUUCCUUCUACAAGAUCUUCAUCUAGUAGGUCCAAAAAGCCAAGUCGACUGGACAAAUUGGAACAAGGCCAGCGUAAAUUGGAAAAUAUGCUGGAACAAUUUAUUAAGAGUUUUCAACCAGAAGAUCACUCGUAUUCGGGCUCGGAGAAGGUCUCAACUUCCCCAGAGCCAUCAGAAGAUGAGGAAAAUGCCCCUCAGCUUUCAGUGUCAUCACCAAAGCCUUGCGAACCUUCAACAUCUUUAGUAAAUGAAGACUUCGACUGGACACCUACUACAAGACAACAAGAACCUCUAAUACCAACCCCGAGCCAGCACAUUGCCACACAGGGUAUUGAGUGUCAACGUUUAGGCGAUAUAUCAUUUUGUCAGAUUCGAUAUGCUGAGGUUCAGAAGAAAUUACAUGCUAGCCCGGUCUUCGGUCCUUUAAAGGUCAACCCUAUCCUCACGACCUAUGGACCCCCUUCCAAUCAAGAUCAAUUGGUUCGAAUGGACUACACUCUGGGCACAAUUUCCCAUGGUCUUCUGCUUCAACGGGAGGCACUAACUAACACGCUGAAAGAUCUAGCUAUCAAACACCCAGCUAUGAAACAAGACUUGAAAAAUAUCUUAUCGACGGAUACAUCUUUCAAAUCUCUUUCGAAUGAUCUGCUUCAGUACGUGUGCGGGAGAAGAGCAGAGAUUAUCGAACAAAGAAGGAAUGGGUUCCUUCCAAAAGAAGAAUAUCAAGCAGCCCUUCUUCGUGCAAUUCCCCCCGUCAACCACCCAUCUUUUUUUGCGAAACACGACUAG